CGGAAUCGUUUUUUUCUUGCUCGUUGCCGUCUGUGGGUGUUCUGGGCGGAUGCGUGUUCUGCUUGCGGCCCUUCAUAUUGUUAUUUUCUGGGAGUUUGAGUGACGCUCCGUCGCAAUCUGGUUGCGGAAGUGAAGCGCUUUCGAUCGUUACCUGGCCAUCGGCAGGUGGCGUUUAGAUUUGUGGGACUACCAAUCGUCCGGGUCAACGUUACCAGAAUAGCGGACGCCGGACAGGAACCACCCGGCCGUUAUCGGGAGCAGGUGCUUCUCCCUGGCUUGAAGUCAGAACAACAGGACAUGCCUGGAAUCUGCAGUAGCAAAUUAUAUCUUCGGCCAAGCUAUACCUAGCUUAAGGGCUAUUAUCCGCCAUCUUGAGAGCAAGUACCCAGAGGAGCAGGAGAAGGUAAUGGAAAUUGUCCGACAUGCCGCUGGCAAGGCUGCUGGUUAUAUCAACCGUCGUUUUCCUCAGACUAACCUUGAGCUGGAGGAUUUUUAUUCCGAGGGCCAAGUGGAUCCUAACACUCUAGUUGUUCUAGUUAGCGGGGAACAACUUGUUGGGAAGUCCACACUGAUCAAGACAUUGAGAAAAGAAGGCACCAAUGGCACAUCAAACGACUCGAAACAAACCCGAGGCAUCCAGAUGUCCAACUUCACUGAUGAGCGUGGUCAGCAUUUGCGUAUCAAAGAUCUCGCUGGGCACGACGCGUUUUCAGCGACACACGACAUUUUCUGCCUAUCCACAUUAGCACCAAGCCUCGGUCUUGCUGUUGUCAAUAGUAAAUGGAACGAGAAACAGAUUACAACAAGCAUAACCACCACAGCUGGUCGGUUUUUGAGCCGGAUGUCACCAUCGGUAACAUUAGACCAGCCGUUCAAUGUCAUGAUCAUUGCGACCUUUCUCGACGAGAUCAAGAGAGAGGAACAUAGAGAACUUGCUGCAAAGCUUGCCACAAGCUAUAGUAUUGUCGAGAAGGAGUUUGGUGAUAAACUCCACUUUCGAGGACGCUUUGCUAUCAAUGCCACCGUCAAUGACGCAAGCUUCGACCACCUGAGAGUAAGACUUUCUGAGGUCUGCAGAGAUAUUCUGAGCAAAUCUCGCCAGCAACCCAAAGUGCUCGGGCAGGCAGAGAAAAUACUGCCACAACUGCAUGACAACAUCCGAGAGCCAUUCUCAACAAGUCGGGAGUUCUCGCGACAGCUUUGUGCUGCUAGCCACGUAGAGUAUAAUGACGAUGAAGACAGCAUCAACGCCGAACAAAUCCGUCGAUAUCGCAAGAUCCUCAAUGCGUAUGGCCUGAUUGUUUCUUUCUCAUCACCUGGGCUGCACGACAUCAUUGUCAACCGACCCAACUGGUUGCUCUCCACGGUCAUUGGUCUCAUUUUCGCACAACCUGGGUUAGACGAUGAAGAUAUGCUCCACUUCAGAGAUGGUGUUGCAAAGGUCCAGGAAGUCCUGGCCAAGCUUAACCGCUGCGAGGGAGCAGAAGGUCAGGGCCCUCUGCUGCUGCUGAUGGUAAUCAAGCUAGGUAUGUUGCUGCAGGAGAAAGGAAGGAUCCUGGCACCCGGCCGUCUUCCGACCGCUGACAACUGCCUCGGCCCACUGGCCAAAAAAGAUUCAUCACCUCGGUCGGCGUGCGCAGGAGUCUCUUUCACGACUCAGCACUGCUUCUCCACUGCUCUAGUUAUCAGGCUACAGACAGAGCUGUACGCCUAUUUCCGCGAGCUUCACGGCAUUCCUGCUGAGCUCUGGAAGAAUCUGGUGGUAGUGACUCCAGUCCAUUCCACAGCAAGUGGUUGCAUCUCCGUCACGCACAGCCUGCGCCAAGCUGUCGCUGUUGUCCAUGCGCCUGUUAAAGAUACGCUAGAUGGCUAUUGUCUGCUGGCUCUGUUGCGCAAGGUGUUUGUUGAGCUAGCAGCGAAGUAUAGUCCGGGCACUAAUUACUCCACGAGCAUCCUCAGCUCUGCUUCCAUUCGUCAGCACCUCCACAAGCCAAGCGACAAGUUUGAUUUUGCUGUGUACGAUGCAGAGCAAGUCCGAUCCUCCGUAGCAACACAGUGUAUUCUCUCCACUAGCCACCGUUACGUUGAUCGUGCCCCGCUUCUUCUCGAAUGGCCGGUCAACCAUGCUUCACUGCUCUCUGCACAGUCCUUUGAGUCCGUCCGAAAAAGCCUUGGUGAGUCCGACCUGCCUGCACUAGCCACCUGCCUGGGCCUUACAUCAUCAGCUUCAUCAUGUGCAGCAGCAUUGGUCCACAGCUGGGCAAUUACCGGCUACCAUCACACCUCGACCAAGCUUCACCAGCUGCUAAUGAAAUCACCGAACGCCCAGCGCUUUGCAAAGAUCUGCAAGGUGCUACGGCAGCAUGAAGAACUGCUGGCCACCGAUUUCCCGGACAUAUUCCGGAAGCGUCGGGUGCAAGCCGUCCAGCCGGUCUCCACCGGAGCUACUGCAUCCACUGUUCAAUCAGACUCUGCUGCAUCCACUGUUCAAUCAGACUCUGUAGACAGUGUUCCUUCGAGCAGCCAGACACACUCUGAUCACGCCAGUCAGUCCACUGCUGCUCGCCAAGAUGAUGCUGGCCAUGCUGAGCAUCAUGCUGUUCAUGGAAGCGGUGGGAUUUUCCUACGCACUUCACCACUCCAUGGCAUGUGGUCAACGGACGAACGCAUUGCAAACAUGCAUGAGGAAGAUGAAGCGAAGCUCUCUGAACAAACAGACGAUCCCAAUGAGUUUGACCUGGAUAGUUUUGUGUGUGACCUUCAACCAUUGUUGAACAAAGUUGACGCAGAUAGAGCGGAGCGCUCUGAACAAACAGACUCGGUGGAGAGCGUUCCUUCGAACAGCCAGUCACACUCUGAUCAAGCCAGUCAGUCCACUGCUGCUCGGCAAGAUGAUGCUGGCCAUGCUGAGCAUCACGCUGCUGAUGGAAGCCGCUGUGGUGUUUUCCUAUCCACUUCACCACUAAUGAAAGUUUUGUCAGAAAUUUCUGACUUUCGAAACUUCAGCCGAAGCAUGGAAGGGUGCAUCAGCCGCCUUAAACGUGAGGACUUUGCCCAAGCCGUUGCAAAACUGAUUGACCCAGAAUACAGCAACGAUUUCAAAGACGACAUUCAAGACUUUAUCGUGAAAAACGACCAUGGCACCACUAACAUACCGGAUAAUAUGCAUGGUGUUAUCAGGUGGGCCGUGGACAAAGCUGGAACGCGGGAAAUCACCCUGGCCGAGUUGAAGAAGAUUGCGCUAGACCUGAAUCCCGACAAGAAGAAAAGGAUUGAGAAAACAUUCCAUGUUGAAACAUGGUGAGGCGUCAUCUUGAAGCUGCCCUGCCCAGCGGUGGCCUCUAUUCGUUCCUGGCUUAACUGUCAACUGUCUACAUUAUACUGGUAGUGAGUCGCUCGACAGCAGAACACCUCAAGCGUCUGAAGACCAUCUUCCAUCACUUGCCAGAGUAUGGUCUGGUGGUCAUUGUCAGCAAGUGUGUCUUCAUGCAGCCCUCCGUGACAUUCCUGGGUCACAAUGUCAAAGCCACUGCCGGCGGUGGCAUUGAGACACUGGCAGAGAAGGUCAAGGCCAUGGUGGACUACCCUGCUCGAGACACUCACUCUGCUCUCUACCUCGCUUUCUUGGUUUGGUAAAUCUCUACCGACGCUUUAUCCCGGAUUGUGCAUUCAUUCUUCAGCCGCUCUCGGAUUUGUUAGCAGGCCCUCAAUCUCCCACGAACCUUUGUCGCGAACGUAGCAAUGAAAUACAUGAAAAUAUAUUCGGAAUAACUAUUUUUUUUGCAUUACAUGACGAUGAUUAACAUUAGUGUUUUCGUAUAUACCAUGACAAUGAUUGUGCUCUCUUACUCUCUUACAUUGUGGCUGAUUCCACGCUUGGGUUAGCAGAAUUCUAGUUCCCUAUCUUCAUUUCUAAGAAUUGACUCCAUUCCACUUCAAAGUAGCUUCGAAGGUAGUCUUCGUUUCUCUAGUCUUUGCAUUUCGUUCUCAAACAAAUAAUUCUUCGUUAUGUUUUCGUGCCGUGAGUAGUCUCGCGCUCUUGAUUUUUUUGCUCCCGCGUGACUUUCCUUUCUGUUCUUUUUGUUAUGCAUGACCCUGAUGACGUAUUGGUAUGAUGUAUAUGUGCACGUGAUCACUUGCCUACGUACGUGACUACGUACGUGUUCACUAACUACAGACAGUAGGCUAGUGCACUUUAGCGAUUCGCUCUCCUUACUGCUACUUCUUCUGCGUUUCUAUUUUGUCGCUGCACUAGUUCCUUUUUCCACCA